AUGCCGAGGUUGAUGAGGCGCGCUAGGCCUGCGUGUGGUAAGCUGCGUUGCGGGGAUCGUGAUUGGUGUGCUGGAACGUCACUUGCUCUUGGUGAAAUACUUCCCAGCAUCUUUGGGCUGUCUUUUACUUCUACUGAGACUUCGCAGCGCCCAGUGUUCAUGGCUUUCGCCGAGUGCGUCGCCAGAAUCUACAUCAGUAGUUGA